AAAAACAAAAAUAAAAUAAUAAAACAUCAUUGACUGAAGAACUUGUGGAAAUGGAUGAUUCUCUUCACCUCCACAAACUCAUAAAUUCAAAUUAUCCAUUCAAAAUCUACUUAGCUCUCACCUCACACCAACAACAACAAAACUCAAUGCCACCUCCAUUAAACUUAACUCACUCUUCUUACCAAUAAUCCUCUCCACAAUCAUUCACAAUGAUUGCAACCCUCUCUUCAUCUCCUCACCCACUGCCCAGAUUCAGCACUUCAAGAACACCCAUCUCCGAUUUCUCCCCCAAUUCCAAAACCCAUUUAUCUUCUUCACCAUGUUCGAUAAUUUGCAGAGGAAGUCCGUUUCUCUCUUCACCAUGUUCGAUAAUUUGCAGAGGAAGUCCGUUUCUCUUCAGGAGCAGAGGAUUGAGGCAUAAUACGAGGAAAAAGUUUCAAACUUGCGCGAUUGGCGGGCUCGAUCUAGCUGGGUUCGAGAGCGCUCAAUCAGUAAUUGAAGCAGCCGCGGUUUUGACUGCGAUCAUCGUAGUUCACGAGAGCGGCCAUUUCUUCGCGGCCUAUCUUCAGGGGAUUCAUGUGAGUAAAUUCGCUGUUGGAUUCGGUCCAAUUUUAGCUAGAUUCAAUUCGAAAAACGUUGAGUAUUCGAUUAGGGCUUUUCCCCUUGGUGGAUUUGUCGCGUUUCCUGAUAAUGAUCCCGAUAGCGAAAUCCCUAAUGAUGAUGUGAAUUUGCUGAAAAAUAGGCCGAUUUUCGAUAGGGUUGUUGUGAUUUCUGCUGGUGUGAUUGCCAACAUUGUGUUUGCUUAUGUUAUCAUCUUUGCACAAGUACUGUUUGUUGGAUUGCCUGUUCAAGAAUCGUUCCCCGGCGUGCUUGUGCCGGAGGUGAGGCCGUUUUCGGCUGCCUCAAGAGACGGUUUGUUGCCCGGUGAUGUCAUUUUAGGCGUAGACGACAUUGAGCUUUCACGAACUGGCCCUAGUUUGGUUUCUGAGGUCGUUGACGCAAUUAGGAAUAGCCCAAAAAGGAAGGUGGUGUUCAAAAUCGGGAGGGGAGGCGAGAAUGUGAAGAUCAACAUCACUCCGGAUGAGAAUGUGGAUGGUACCGGGAGGAUUGGAGUUCAGUUGUCGCCUAAUGUGAAGUUGACGAAGGUUAAGCCGAGGGAUCUGUUUGAGGUGUUCCGUUUCUCUGGCCGUGAGUUCUGGGGCCUGUCAUCGAAUGUUCUUGAUAGUUUGAAGCAGACAUUUAUGAAUUUCUCUCAGUCUGCGAGUAAGGUUUCUGGCCCCGUUGCUAUUAUAGCCGUUGGUGCAGAGGUUGCAAAGUCGAACGCUGAUGGACUUUUCCAGUUUGCUGCUAUUUUGAAUCUGAAUCUCGCUGUGAUAAACCUUCUGCCUCUGCCUGCUUUGGAUGGUGGCUCGUUGGCGUUCAUCCUCAUAGAGGCGGCCAGAGGCGGGAGGAAGCUCCCGUUUGAGUUGGAGCAGCGGAUCAUGUCGUCUGGGAUCAUGCUGGUUAUCAUCCUCGGGGUUUUCCUCCUUGUUCGUGAUACGUUAAACCUGGACAUCAUCAAGGAUUUGUUAUGAUGCUUGCUCAGAUUCGAUGAUUUGCAUCAUGCUUCGCUUUCUUGAUCGCGUUGCAGGCGUUUUGGUGUAUGGAGAUGCGAGGGGGUGGCAAAGGAUGCAUACACUGUUGUUUCGUCUAAGACCACACGAUAAGUCCCUUUUUCAUCUGGAUCUCAUUGAGCCCUAGCUAGUGUCUAUUAUUGAUUGUCUAGUGCUCAACACAUUGGGCUAAAUACUUAGAUUCUAUAUAAUGUUUAUAAAUUCGAGAACCAAUUUACAGUUACAAGUUGGAGGUGAACGCGUGAUAUACGUAUUUCUGGCCCGAUCAUUCUGAUAUGAUGAAUUCAUGAUCUUUGUAUAGUUUCUCGAGAUCAUAUGUGUAUCAUUUUUCGUGUUGCUGCCUAAUCUAUUAUCCGUGCUGCUGUAAUAUUCUCGUUCUUGAAAUGCUUAUGAUGUCGAUGUCUUUGUUGCCGGUUGUUAGCUGCUGCAUUGUUGUUGUCGUCGUCGUUGUUGUUGUUAUUGUUCAGAUAAAUCAAUGAGACCUUUGGUUAUGAAAUAGCAUGUUUUUGGGUGAAGUUCA